UAUUCAUUUAUUCAUUAAAAUCCAGACCUGCAAACUGACAUUUUGAAAUGGGUGAAUCAAUGUCCGGCGACUGUACAUGGUUGUCAUAGCAACGUUGAUUAAUGUAGCCAAUUUUACGGCAAAAAUUCUUAAGGGGCCCUUCAUUCGGGACACACCCAGAGAAAUGUGACGACGAAUAGACCUUAUUCACCGGCCACGAAUGUAUACAUAGUCUGAAGUGAACUGCUUGCCACUUUUGUCUAGCUGUAGCUACGAAUGUGUCCUGUGGCUUGUGAUCUGAUCUGUGAUUAUGAAUAGAGUUUAAAUAAUAUAACCUUAACUCUCUGAUAGGCAGUUUUUACGUUAAAUGUAUGUUUUUGAAAUUCUUCUUUUCAUAAAUGUUUGACAUUUUAUUUAAGUGAAUAAUAUCACAUUAAAAACCAUGAAGAAACCAAUUGAAGCAGUUAUUGAAGAUGUGAUUAUUCAACCAGAUAAAAUUCAACCUAUCAUAGUUAACUUUCAAAACGGAUAUCUGAAAGAUGAGGAAACACAGAAAAUGAAAUCUGGAUUAUACAAUGAUGAAAAAAAGAAAAAAACCGUUUUAGCAAUGUCAAAUGGUCAAGUGGUUUAUAAAGGAUACAGACCUGACCUUAACAAAGAAUUAACUUACACAAUGUUAGCUGUCCAUAAUAAAAAAACUGGUAAAGUCAGAUUAAUACAAGCUGAACGAUGGGAUGUUGCUCCAGUACUUGAUCAGCAUGUUGAAGACAAUAAUGAUGAUAAUGUUGAUCAAAUUGUUGCUCUAAAUAAGCAAUUUGGUUCUAAAAAAGCAAAACGCAGAACUGAACAAUAUGAAAAAAUGAAAAUCAAUAUAGAUAGUGUUCUUAAAGAGCAGUUGGAAAAAACUGUAUCAAAUGUUGAAAUAGAAAGACAAGAUCUUGAACCUAUUGCUAAAGAUGACUUUAUUAAUGGUGUGCAUUUACCUCCAUGUAAUAAAGAUGCUCCUAAUGAAUCAUUAAUUUAUAAUAUUGAAGAUAUUGUACCAAAGAAUAUUCUAGAAACCCUUUAUGAUAGAGCAACUGAAUUAUUAACCGAAGAAGUAAAUGAUAAACCAGAAUUUUUCUUGACAACUGUGCAAAAAGUUAAAAAUGACCCAAAAGGUACUGAAAAACUUGCAAUAUUAUUGUACAUAGAAGCAGUAUCAUCUUGGCUCAAUAUUCCAUUGAAAAUGGCAAAAAAGAAUGAUAUGAACUUAUGCCCUUAUUCUGACGAUGUGCAUAGAUACGUUAUUGAAACAUAUAGUCUAAAUAGUGCUAAUGGGAGACAAAGACCGAACACUAUAAGAGAUAAGGGACUCAUCCACUGUAUAAUAUUGGGUCUUAUAACGUGGAAUUUCAAGUUAAAUUUAGAGCUUUUCUCAACAAUUUUCUCAUUUCGUCUAAGUCUCAAAAAAUUGUUUGAGUUGGCAAGAUGGAUUCAUGCAGUACCUCUUAAAGAUGACAAAAAUACUGUAAUUCUCAAAGUACCUCUACCAGCACCAUUAACUAAACCUAUGCAUAGGAAGAAAAUAAAUCAUUAAUAUUGGAUUGUUUUAUGUUUGAAAACGCUAGUGUAAGUUAUGUACAUUUGUAAUAAAUUUUUGAAUAAUAUCUUUAAAUAAGCA